AUGCGUUUGGAGACUGAAGAGCGGCGCGAGGAGGUAACAUGGUGGGAGCGUCUAUGGAUUGACUGUUGCCGCGAGUUGAAUCGAUGGAAUUCUUUGCAUGAGGUUUCUCAGGCAGCAGCACGGCGCUCUCAGCUGUCGCUGCAGUGCGCAGCAAAGCUGCAGCACUGGGGAGAGAUAGAUAGGCUGCUGCAGCUGCAUCAGAUCACCGAGCCAGCCACUAAACUAUGCCAGACCUAUCAGUCGCUGCACGAAGUGCUGUACCCCAAGGGCCAGCUGGAGACGGAUGCUCGGCCGUGGGUGCGAACGGAGAAGCUGCAGGAGAUCGACAUGCACUGUGCUGAGGUUCAGCGGCUGCUGCUGCAGUCUUGGAGAAACCUGCCUCUGAUUGUAAACCCUAAACCCUUCUCCUUGUGA